CAAAGGACAACAAGAUGGCGGCGUCCUGCAGAGCGAACUGGGAGGCGGUGUCGGCGGCGCUGCAGUGAGGAGCCGAAACGCUGUGUGUGGGGAGCGCUGCCGCGAUGCCCAAAUACUAUGAGGAGAAGGAGGAGGACGGGCGGGCCUGUGCGGGGGUGCGGGAGGACCUGAGACAGUGUCUGCUCGAGACCUCCUGCGUCAUACAGGAAGGAAAAAGCCCCAGACAAUGCUUGAAGGAAGGACACUGCAGAAGUUUGCAGGUUUCGUUUUUUGAGUGCAAAAGGUCAAUGUUGGAUGGCAGAGCAAGAUUCAGAGGAAGGAAGGGAUACUGAAGCCUUUGUGAAGAGAGCCAAGCAUGGGGAUUUGUGGGUGUAUCAGUGCUUUAAGCAAAAUACAGAGACUAAAAUAAGAAGAGUACAUCAUCUGCAUCCUCCCAGUCAUGAAGUAUUCUCAUGGAAAAUACCUGCUUUCAAGAACUCUGAUAGAUUGAGGCUGACAUGCACCUAAAAUACUGAAAAGAAACCAAUAUUAGGCUUGCAGUUUGGAGUGAUAUGAAAUGCCCUAAUUCAUUUUAAAUAAACUAUGCAAAAUCCAAAAUAAGCUGUAGCAAUCUUUAGCUGAGUCAAUUUGUUUUGAAAUUGAGAUUUCCUUUCAGUUUUUAGGUUUGUAGUUUUAUUUAUCUAAAACCAUAAAACAUUGUCAGAAUGAAAUAUUAUAAAAUGAUUGAAAUUGGUAGACCGCUUGAGUAAUGUUCUGCAGUAUCAUUCAGGAAACCUAAGAUAGAUCUCUUGUUUCCCAGCUUGGCAGGGCCGACAUACACUGAAAUGUACAGGUUAGCCUCUGGGGAAGAGAGUGGCUUAUAUUGCUCAAUAGUGAGUUCCAGUUAGAGUGCAGUUGGUACCUUUCCAGUCCCCAAGAACUGUGACAACAUCUCUUUAUCCCUCCACAAAAUUCUUUUUUUAAUAUGAUGGUUGGUGUAAGUUCAUUCAUACAUUGUAGCCUUUCAUUACUGAAGAGCUAAAUUAAAGUUGGGGUUACUCUUAAAAAUUAAAAUAUAUCUGUCUGAAAGUGAUUAUUCAUUUUGAAAAACAGCCACUGCUUUUAAGAGAAAUAUAGUUCAUCUGACCAGUACUAGUGUAUAGCUGAAGAGUUGCAUAUGAGAAGUAAGAGUAAUUAAAUGUCAUGUUUUUCACCCAGACAUGCAGCUGAAGAGAUAUCGGUUGUCGCUUUUAUCAUAGUGUGCCGACAACAGCCUCUAGAUUCCUUUGAGGUUAUGCUUGACUUUUCCCCCUUUACACACUUGACCACAAUUCAGAAUUACAUUUUUUCUUACCUUUGUAUUAAACAUUAAUUAUGUACCACAAACUUUAUAAUUUUUUAACAAAUUUCUUAUUCCUGCAUUCUUAUUCCUUUCUGUACUCUAAAAUGUAUAUAUGGGUGUAUAAUUUUCAAGUUGUCAUUCACAUUAAUUUAAAUUAUGACUGGUUUUCUACGGUAAACUUGAUUUUUAAACUCUUAGCAUUUCCACAUGUUCCUUUUGUACAACUUAAUUCACAAGUUUGUAUAAUUGCAUAAGUCAUAAUGUAGUUCAGCUGGAAGACCAAACUAUAAAUGGGAGAAAAGGAAAAAUGUUUGAUUUUGAUUUUUUUCUUUAAAUCAAGGAUGUCUCCUCCCAGUGCCAGAUCUGUCUGUAACAUGUAAGUAUUGGAGGAUGUUCUUUAUGAUAUAUGCUGCCUAGAGUUAGGCAUUUCACAAGUCUAAAAAUAGUUGGUCAGUUGAUUUGUCAUAUAUUUUAAAGCACUAAUUUAUUAGAAUGGGAACAGCAGUAACAAAAGAGAGGAAGACUUUGUUUCUAGUAGGCUUAGCGCAGAUAAUUACUCUUAAUUACAAAAAAAAAUUACUUAACUGAGUUAUUUUAUCUUAGAAUAAUGCAAAUAACCAUGAAACCAAGUUCUAAAAAAUGAAAGAAUGGCACCAUACCGCAAUUAAAAAUGUAGGCAACCACCUACAUCAGCGUGUUCUUGCUGGAACGUGUGACAGUACAGUAACUCCUCACUUAACGUUGUCCCGGUUAACUUUGUUUUGUUGUUACGUCGCUGAUCUAUUAGAGAACAUACUUGUUUAAAGUUGCACAAUGUUCGCUUAUAACAUUGUUUGGCCGCCGCCUGCUAGUACAGUACUUUGUCCACUACUUGCAGGAUUUUCUGUAAGAGUAGCCCCUCGGAGCUAGCGGGUGGUGGCUUGGAACCAGGGUUGGCUGGCAGCCCCCCUUCAGCUCCCCUCCACCAGCACCUCCUGCCUGACAGUGGGCCCCGUGAGUAGGCGCCUCCCCUAUCCCUCCCUGCACCUUCCACCUGCAGCAAUCAGCUGUGUCGCAGUGUUCAGGAAGCUCUGGGGGGGGAGGAACGAGGAUACAGCACGCAGCCUCCCCCCUCCCUCUCUGUACCUCCCGCCCGCAGCAAUCAGCUGUUUCUCAGCAUUCAGGAGGGUGGGGAGGAGCAAGGAUGUAGCGUGCUUGGGAGAAGGGGGUUGAGCAAAGGUGGGCAGAGCUGCGGGUUGAGCACCCUCCUUCACUUUGGAAAGAACAGCAAGAGGAGCAGCCAGACAAUCCACCCUCUGACUCAACCAAGCUUCACAAUCAUCAUUGCUGAGGAGAGUAUUAAAUUGUUUAAAACUUGUACCUGUAUUACUUUGUUUAAACUUGUACUGUAUAUUUAUAUAAUGUCUUUUGUCUGGCAAAAAAAAUUCUCUGGAACCUAAUCCCUUCUACAUUUACAUUAAUUCUUAUGGGGAAAUUGGAUUCACUUAACAUCAUUUUGCUUAAAGUUGCAUUUUUCAAAAAUAUAACUACAACGUUAAGCUAAGAGUUACUGUAUUUGAAUGUGAUCAAAUAAUAGGUGAUCAACUGGCAUUUUUUGACCAGUUUAUCAAGCCUAAUAUUGCCACUCAGUUUUCUUAUAACUAUUCAUGAGAGUGGGAUUCUUUUACUUCUGUUCUUAUAGUUUGGCUCCAGGGGGACCAAACAAGGCAAUUUGCCACUUUGUAUACUCUUAUCUAAGCCAUGUUCCGUCUUGGUAACAAAACAAGAUUUCUACCAGUAGUUAAACAAAGUAAGGCACACACACAACAUACUGUAACCAAAACUUAGGGUUACCCAAGAACUAAUUUCUGAAAAAGGCUUUUUAAUACUCAAUACUUAACUCUGUCUUUAAUAAGAAAACUCUCCAACAGUUUCUCAAGGCUCUUUCAAGGGCAUGUAUUUUAAAAACAAACAUAAAAUCCCCUCCAAAGUGCAUUGGUGCCCUAACCCAGACAUCUUUGCUGUGAAUAGUUUAACCUUACAACCAGGGCAUCUUUGUACCCAAAAUAUAUAGAGGCAUCAUGAGGAAAUAUUUUGACAACUUUUCAUAGUCCUUUUAUGGAAAAUUUAAUGUUGCAGAGGUCAGUUUUCUCACAUUCUGUCUUCCACCAAGUCUAUUGGAGCAUAAAGAAGAAAUGUCUCCAAACACAAGAUAAAACAAGCAAGGAGAUUCAUGAAAUGUGAAAAAGUACUAGCCCAAAUAUGAGCUUGGUGUAUGCAAUAUUCAGUUAAAUUAGCUAUACCCUUCAAUAGUUAUUUUCAGCUAACAUUAAAACAGUUUAAAAGUAGCUGCUUUGUAUGGGGAAAAUCUUUUGGAGCCCUUUAAAAGCCAAAUAGCCUUAAAAAUGAUAAUUUAACUCUUAAAAUGGGAGGAAUCAAAGUAAUUUUAGACAACCUGAUUAGUAAACUAGAACAUAAGACAUGUAAAUCAGGAAAUGAGUGUAAGGAUAAAGAUAGCUACCAGCUUUUGCCUACCUUCUCUGAUGGAUAAUUAAUACAUAUACUGCUAACUGGAAGGCCAGGCCCAAGAAUGGCUGGAUGUUUGUAAUGAUAAACAAUGUAUUUUUUUUUUUUUUUAAGCGUUUGGUAGUUUUUGAAAUAGAUAAAAUUUGAUUGUUUUGUGCAAGAACUUUAAACAAUUUUUCUUAUGGAGUUUUCCUCUAUGUUUAGAUAUAUAGUAUGUGUUAAUCUAUCUUGUAUUACUCCUGAGGGAAUUCGGUGCCAAAAAAAUUAAAAUUCUUUGCACAAUA